AUGGUAAGGGGAGGCAACAUUAGAUCCAAGCGCAAUACCAGGACCAGGGUUCGAUUGGAUAAUAAUGAUUCGGACAAGUCGGAUGAAGAUUACAAGGUGAAUAUAGAUGAGGAGUUUGAUGAGUCAGAGGAUGAAUACUGCUCUUCUCUGGACAAGGAUGAAUCGGAAGAGAGUUUAGGCGAAUUUGAGGAGGAGUGGGUAAAAACCAAGGUCAGUAAGGCUGGAAAACCAAAAGGUCGAAAGGGCGUUCUAGGAAGAAAGAAAAAUGGGUUAUUGAAGCCAAAAAGGAAAAAGGUCGUGCAAAAAAAUAAAAAGAGGGUGUCAAUUAAAGAAGAGGAAGAUGACGUUAUCGAGGUUUUAAGUGGGGAAGAAGAUGAUGAUUUAAGUUACAAGAAGCCCAGAAAGAAAUCUAAGUUUUCAUAUAGAGAAGAAAAGGAUGAUGAUGAUUACAACGAUUCAGAGUUCGAAGAAGAUGAGGAGUUCACACUGGAUGAGAUUGACGAUGCAGAUGAUGAUGACGAUUUGCCUUCCAAAAAGAAGAAGGUGGGCAGCUCGAGUAAGCAAAAGAAGGGAAAUGCCAAAGUGUGCAAGAGGAGGACUGCAAAGGUUUUGAAGAAGACUAAAAGAAAGAAACUAAAAAAGAAUCAAGGCUCGAGAAGAAAAACAAGAUCUCCUCAUGUUAAGGAGUUUAGAGAUGAUUAUCGUACUGUGCAUAAAAAGAAAAAGAAACUAACUGGACGGGGAAGGAGGAAAUCGGCUGUAUAUUCUGAGACAGAUGUCUUGGGUUCAGGGUCAUCCGGUUAUCAAUACACAAUGUCUGAGGAAGAGAGAGAACAGAUCAGAGAGGCUAGUGAAUUUUGCGGGAGUUUAACCACUGCUUUGAGGAGUUCAUGUCCAUCGAAGAUGAAUGAAAAGGAAAGUCUGCCUCCACAGGGGAACUCCCCAGGAAGAAAGGGUAAGGAGAAGGUAGAGGACGUGAAGAUUGAGGCAGGGAAGCAGGUCUGUGGGAUUUGUCUAUCAGAGGAAGGGAAGAGAACAGUCAGGGGAAUAUUAAAUUGUUGCAGUCAUUAUUUUUGUUUUGCUUGCAUCAUGGAGUGGUCAAAAGUGGAAUCUCGAUGCCCCAUCUGCAAGCAAAGGUUUUCGAGUAUCAGUAAGGAUGCUCAAGCAGAUGGUGGACAUGAUUCAAGGAAUGUGGUGAUUCCUGUUCCUGCUCGUGAUCAGGUUUAUCAACCAUCUGAGGAAGAGCUUAGGGGUUUUCUUGAUCCAUAUGAGAAUGUGCUGUGUACUGAGUGCCAACUAGGUGGGGAUGAUGCACUUAUGUUACUGUGUGACCUCUGUGAUUCCCCUGCGCACACUUAUUGUGUCGGUCUUGGACAUGAAGUACCUGAAGGUAAUUGGUACUGUGAGGGUUGUAGACCAGCUGCUUUUGCUUCCUCUAAUGCACAAGUUUUGAAUCCUCCUCCCAGUCAUGGAGCAAGUAACAAUUUGUCUGUUGGACAUUCUCCUGGUGCAAGUCUUCGGGCUACUUUUGAUCUUAACGAGUUGUAUAUUCCUGACAUCCCAUUGACUCCAGGAACUGGCUUCUCUCGUUCUCCUAGAAUUCAUGAUUUUCAAGCCGCUUCUCCUGCUUCUGGAUCGGGGGCAUAUACAGUGUUUGAAAGACGCAGAAUACAGCAUCAGAUCAAUCAACUUCUUAACAACAGAAGUAGACAGCCAGACAGGACUAAUGGUGUCCCCAGAAUCUCAGGGAACAUUUUAUUCGGUUGGCAAGUUGGUCGGGGUAGGGAAUUAGCACCUCAACAGACAGCAGUUGCUCCAGAAAGCAUGGUACCACAAAAUAUGCAUCUCCAUGGAAGGGUUCAGGACAAUACGACACCUUCAUUGCAUGGUAGGGAUACUAGGGAAGCUUUUUCUCCUAGAUCUAGCAGUUUGAGGAUGCAAGUACUUCCCAAUCAAGCUUCUAUAUCCGCGGAUAACUCUUUUGGCAGAUUGGGAGAAAAUGAAUUCGCUGACAUCAAUACUACACAUGGUUUGGAAUUGGUUCAUCAGCAUCCUCAUCCUUGCAGUAGCAGAUCAAACAUAAUAAAUGAUGUUCAUAUAUCGCCACCAGGCCCACCACCACUUGGAGAGAUGAAUCGUUCUCCAAUGGAAAAGGAACAAGUGCAAUCGAUGGUUAGAAGCCAUUUAAAAUGCUUGUCCAGGAAUCUGGAAUUAGGUUAUAGUACCUUCAAGGACAUUGCAAGAAGUUCUACACAUACCGUUUUAGCCGCAUGUGGCCUAGAGCACCGGCAAAAUGAAGUCUAUCCAGUACAUAACCCCUUAAACUGUAGCCACUUUGAGAGUGCAGCUGCUAUGCAGAAAAGUCUGAUGAAAGGUCAAUGCUCGUCUUGCUUCGAUCUGUUUGUAAGGAAUGUUGUGAGAGAAAUAAUGAGGACCCGAAUUCCUAUUUCAUCGAGGGAUUAG